UUCCGCAGUGGCGCCGGCACGGCCCGAGCGCGGCCGCCGCCCCUGAGCCAUGUUGCGCGGCCUGGGCAGCUGGCUGGGGCUGGAGCGGGCGGGCGAGGAGCAGCUGCUGCCCGCCGGCAAGAGGAGCGGCCCCGCGGAGCAGGAGCAGCAGGAGGAAGAGGAGGAGGCAGGGCCGGCCGGGCAGGAUCAGGGCGAGCUGCAGGGAGACUCGGAAGCGCUGCUUAGCCAGGCCAAAGGAUUCGGCAGUUACCUCUUCAAUUUUGCCUCUGCUGCUACAAAAAAGAUAUCUGAGUCUGUUGCUGAAACAGCACAGACAAUAAAGAAGUCCGUAGAAGAAGGAAAAAUUGACAGUAUCAUCGAUAAGACAAUUAUUGGAGAUUUUCAGAAGGAACAGAAGAAAUUUGUCCAAGAGCAGCAAACCAAAAAGUCAGAAGCAGCAGUGCCUCCCUGGGUAGACAGCAAUGAAGAAGAAACAAUUCAACAACAAAUACUGGCCUUAUCAGCAGAUAAACGGAAUUUUCUGCGAGAUCCUCCAGCAGGUGUGCAGUUUCAUUUUGACUUUGAUCAAAUGUACCCGGUUGCACUGGUCAUGUUACAAGAAGAUGAGCUUCUCAAUAGGAUGAGGUUUGACCUUGUUCCCAAACAUGUAAAGGAGGAGGUGUUCUGGAGAAAUUAUUUCUACAGGGUGUCCCUAAUUAAACAGUCUGCACAACUCACUGCGCUUGCAGCACAACAGCAAGCAGCAGGAAAGGAAGAGAGCAAAGGCAGAGAAGAGGAUAGUGAACUGAAAGAAACAGUACGGCCAAAAACACCACCUGUUGCAAUAAAGCCUCAAAUAAAAUCACAAGAGGAUGAGGAAGAGAUUUCCACAAGUCCAGGUGUAUCAGAAUUUGUGAGUGAUGCUUUUGAUACCUGUAAUCUGAAUCAGGAAGAUCUAAGAAAAGAAAUGGAACAACUAGUGCUAGACAAAAAGAAAGAAGAGACUUCAGCAGUAGAAGAAGAAACUGCUGAUUGGGAAAAGGAAUUGCAACAAGAGCUUCAAGAGUAUGAGGUGGUGACAGAAUCAGAAAAGCGUGAUGAAAACUGGGAUAAAGAAAUAGAAGAAAUGCUGCAAGAAGAAAAUUGAACAUUUUCACAAAAUCACUAUAACCCAAAGCUCUUUCGGAGGACUGACAUGGAUUUCUGCUUUCAUAUUUUGCUUACAAAAAUAUCUUCAGAAGACAAAAGAAUCUAAAGUCAUUAUAAUUCCAUAUGGGAAUACAACCAGUAUUUCUGUUCUUUAUAUGAGCAGUUUCUGAACUUCUAUAUUCUUCAAAAGAAAAGAAAGAGGAGGCAGAUACUGCAGGUUAUAAUUAAAAGUGAUAACAUUAAUACAUGAAACAGUGGUUCAAUUUGAGGCAUUUUUAGGUGAUCAAGAAGCUCUUCAAAGAGAUUUUUAAAUCUAAGAACCACAAUUUUUUUUUGUCUACAGCCUUCUGUUUGGGAUGUAAAAGUGGAUAUUGUAAGUAACUUAGUCCUUUACAACAAUUCUCUCUUGACAUUUGCACUCUGAUCCCUGUAUAAUCUGUAAAUGUGUACUAUUUUUAAGGUACUUGUAGUUGGUAGAUUUCACAUGUAUUUAACUUCCUUAAUGUAUGUAGCCAAAGAAUUUCUAGAAAAUGCUAUUGAAUAACUUUCAAGGAUUUGGUAAAAUAUACUAAUGCAGAAUCCAGAAGAAGCUGAUUAUUUAUCAGUCAGGCAGCAAACAUUUAAGCAUUUAAAUUAGGGUAGAGAUAGUAACUGCUUGAAUUAAAUUUGGGUUUGUUAAUCAUAUUGAGAUACUGCCUUUCCCCACAGAGAGAAAUGGUUUAAUGCAUUCUUUCUGCAGAAGGCUGCUAUGUUUCCAUUUAAUUUUACUGUCUGAGCUGAGAGCAAAUUAAAUGCUUCUCCUUACUUUAAGUGCUGAAACAUUUAUGUAAAAACUUUCACUGGUUUGGACAUCUUUAUUAAAUACUGUAAAUAUGUAUAAAAUUGGCUCAUUUAUUUGGAGGGAGGGAAAUGAGGAGUAAAUAUGCUUCAGACACAGUUUUUAAAAGUAUACUUUUUCACAGUGCUUAAGACAUAGAAUUUAAAUUUUAAAAUAGGGUUUUUUUCUCUAAAAAGUUUUUGAUUCUUCAUAGGCAUCUGGAUGUUUCCUGUGGUUAUACCAUUAAGUCAGCAGCUUUACAUAUAGAUAAAUGAAAAUUUUAUGUUCUGCUUAUCAUCUAUUUCAUAAACUUCUAUGACAAAGCAUUCAUGGAAUGCCAAAUACAAAGGAAAAUGGGUAAAAUUAAGUAGGUUGGAGCCAUUAAGCACAAUUGAAUUAUAGGCAUGUUACAUACAGUAAGCUCUGUCUUAAUGACAUAAUUCUGCAGAAAACUUUUGUAAAGAGACUGAAGAGAUUAUAGCUGUAAUUACUCAGUCAAUAUUCAUCCUGUGGGAAAUGAAAAGAGCUAAGUAGUUUCCACUGCUGUUACUGUAAGAAAGGACUAUUUAAAAUUGUCUCCAUUAGCAACUUGGCCAGAAAGUUCUCUAUUUCUCAUUGUGGAAAAAGAAUUGUUUUAAACCUGCAUACAUUUGGCUUCUCAAAUUAGUUUAUUGCCAUACACCUUCUGAACUACAAACUAUUUUAAGCACAAUUUAUAUUUUUAUAGGAUUUUUCACUUAGUUAACAGAUGCGAGGUAAGUUACAGUAAAUAAGAGGUACUUAAGGAGAUUUUUAUAUCUGGGAUUAAUUAAAGAUGACAAAAGUUAAAUCUGUUAUGCUUAUAAGACUAUUCACAGCUCAGUGGUUACUCUUGACAAAUACAUCUGCUGUGGAUUUAAGCUGGGGACAUUAAGAUCUGUCUACUGUACAGUUUGACAUGAUACCUUCUAUAAAGAUGAGUAGUUCUAUUCUGAUAGUGGCAAAUAUUCCCUGGAUGACUGAGAGCUCCAAAUCACUGCUCCAAAAGUCCACCUUCUUAAAAACAAGCCUGAUCAUUCCUAAUUUUUUCAGGUGUAUGAUGGCCUUAUUUGCGUGGGGCUUGUACAUCAAGCCUCAUUUUUCUUUUCAUGUAAGCAUGACCUAUAUAGUGGUCAUAGAUAUCAAAUUCCAUUUAUCACAAAAGAUGGUUCCUUCAUAUAAAAUUUUCAUUUUUCCCUUUUUAUGAAAAGCAAGUAUAUCUAUAAAAUAAAAGAAACCAACCCACUGCUUAAAUUUGCAUUUAAAAAAGAUAAUAAUGUAGCAAGGCUGAAUCUGACUUGAGCUCUGAUAUUUAAAGUCUCUUAUCAAAAGUCAUAUUAAUAUUUUCAAAUCCGGGUAUCUGGUUUUAAGCUGGAAAACUGAAGUAAAUUCUCCAUAGUCCUGCAGUUUUCAGACCUGCCCCGUGCCUUUCAUUUAGGUAGGUGCUACAAGUGCCUAGCAGUUCUUAUUGUGCAUGGGAAGAGGGAAAGUUUCUGCAUUACACUUGCCACAUGAGAGGAGCACAGGUAGACCUUUUCAUGUUCGUGGUGAAUUUUGCAUGCCUUUGUACCCAAAUGUGUCAUAAUAGUAUAUUACAUAAGCAAGUGGGCUUGUCUUUUCUUAACAACAUCAUUCCAAGCACUGGUAUGGUGCAGAUGCUAAAAUCCAGCAUAGCAGUGCUAUGAAAUCAGUGACAAAAUGAAAACAAAAAUGAAUGUAAGUAACAUCAUCCUGUGGAUACAGAGUGACAAAAAGUACAGUUCUUCAAAACAUUGAGAAGAAGCAAACAACAAAUCAAAAGAUAGUUAACAAAUUUUCUUAGAAGAUAAACUUUCAGAUUUUUUAAUUAACCUUUGGGAAACGGGGCAAAGAUCACCCAGGAAUCAUAGAGGUUAGCUUGGAAUAGCUCUGAGAUACCAGCAUCUCUACUUAUUCUGUGCACUGAACAAUCAUCUUCAGCUAUUAGUUUAUAAUUCCAGUUGGUAUUAGUUAAUACCUGUAUGGAAUUUCUAAAAUUUAGUAAUCUGCCUGAAGAAAGAGGAAAGAUUGUAAAAUCUUAGAAUAACAAAAGUGUUGUGAGAAGUUCCCAUACAUUUUUAUUUGAUCACUUACUGAUGAUCUGUUAUCAAAGUUAAUCAAAGCUUUCAAUUUCCUGAAUUGUUCUAGUAAACUUUAUAUUUUUUUA